CCCAAAAAGAAAGUAUAAAUAUUACACUGUAAGUGCAUCAGCAAUCAUUGCAGUAACAUGCAAGACUCUUGUGCAUCAUUAGGAAAGUCCCCUCUCUUCGAUUUGAAUGAGGUCGCUACCAAUAUUACUAUUGAAGAACAUGAAGAUAAAGUAUCUACCACUUGUAGUGGUAGUUAUGGAAAUGAGUUGUCAAUGGAAAGAGCUAAAAUCGCCCCAGUGAACGAGCAAAAAACCAGGAGAUUUAGGCGAUAUGUUCGAUCGAAAGCUCCUCCGCUUCGCUGGACUCCUGAUCUCCAUCUUGCCUUCGUAAAUGCUGUGGAAACACUAGGAGGCCAAGAGAGAGCUACUCCUAAGCUGGUUCUUGAGCUGAUGAAUGUAAGAGGACUUCAAAUUACUCAUGUAAAGAGUCACUUGCAGAUGUAUAGGAAUAAGUUUCAAGACUCAGCUAGCGUUUUAUCUUCCUCAAGUGGAUGUAUAAAUAGGAAACCUCAUAUUAUGGAAAUGUACCGAAGGGUCAAAGGUUCCUGGUACUUGAGAAGGGAUCAUGGAAACCAUUUGUCAUCUCUCCUUCAAGAACCACUAGAUCCAAGUUAUGCAAUGGUAAGGUCUACUGCUUCACAAGGGAAAAAUGAUACAGGAUUGGUACUAGCAGGAUAUAAGCAACUAAAGCGUAGUCGAUUUGUUGAAAACAAGAAGAGGUCUUCUCAUGAAACCUGCAGUGAACUAUUUCUUCAGCAAGGUUUUGUUACUUUAACAGCCAGUUCCGCAUACAAAUCUUUUGAACCAAACUAUGAACCCCUUGGGCUAAAUCUUCAUGAAGCAUGUAAAUUACAAGAAACUCCAAAGCACGACGGAUUAUCAAAAUUACAGUUAAGCUUGAGCCAUGGUUGUGAUCAGACUGGUGUCAAACAGAGUAGUCUACAGAGCUCAAAAGAUGUUAAUACCAUACUUUCUCUUUCUUUCUCUUGAUAUAACUAAACAAACAGAAUACUAUGGCAAAUUCAGGAAAACACAAGACGAGUACUUGGGAUCUCACUAUGCAAUUCAAAUAUUGUGCAUUGGAAUGAGAUCUUGCAAGUACUAGACUUGUAGGCCUCAUACACAGAAGGAUAUUCAUGAUAUUAGAAACGAUUUAUGUUCAUUAAUUCUAUGAGCAAAGAAGUAUAGCUGAAAAAGAAGUGAUUACCUUCCUUAAACAAUUCCUGCUAUUACUAGUGGUAGUAAUUUUCUUCCUUAUAAGAAGUUCCGCUACUCCGAAUCCCUAUAAAAAUGAGAG